UAUUCUGUUCUAUUCGGCAGCACGUCUUCUAAUAUUUAUCUUUUUCACCGCGAGUGCAUGUGUUAGUUUUGAUACUCAGUUGUCUGUCAAAGUUCAUGUUUAGUUAAAAGACCUUUCUAUUGAAGCAAAACAUGUCCAAGAAAGAGAAAUCACUUCAUGAAAAGAUGAAAAAUUUUUUUGGUAGAAGAGAUACAACCCCAGUAAAUUUUGAAGGCUUGAAAGUUGAACCAUAUAUUGUGAGUUUAGAAACAAUGAAGGAUAUUGGUUCUGAAAAUAAUGUAGGCCAUCGAAUAAAAGCCUUGAAGGAUUUGUAUGAACAUGUUACUACAAAAUUAUUGGUUGAAAAUGCUGUUGAAGCAAUUUGUAUGCAAAUUGAAGACUUAUUAAAUGCAAAUCAGUCUGUUGAAACUAGGCACAUAGUUUUCCAAUUUUAUUGUGCACUAAUAAAUGGCCAACUUGAUCACAUGUAUGCAACAAGAAGUUAUUUAUUUAAGCUUAUACUUUUGCAUAAUAUACAAGAGGACUUAAUACCAAGGUUAGAAAUGUUAAAGGCAUUGACUCAGAAUGGAAAAAUCAUUACUUAUUUUGAAGAAGAAAUUGGUCCUUUUCUUUUAACAUUGUUUCCCGACUUUGUUGCUGCUGGAAGAGAGGCAGAAUUGCUUGCCUUUAUUUUCAGUGUCAUAAAAUAUAAUGCAGCUUAUCUUGAUGAUGAUAUGAUUGAAAGUUUUAUUAAACAUAUAAAUAAGCUGUGCUCUUAUUCAAAAAGAGAUGAAGAUGUUCAGGAAAGUCUGUCUGUAUUAGAUGCAAUUUUAUUAUAUAGUCAUCUUCCAAAAACAGCUUUGCAUUUAUUCAUUUGUACUUUAUGCAUUACUGUGAACCUUGAAAAGUUUGUUGCAUAUAGCUGGAAGCAAAUGCGUAAUCUUAUGGGAACAAAUAUUGGCCACACAGUUAUUCGUUACCUUUGUGUCAUCCUUCAAGAUGUAGUUCAUCAUCCAGAUCCAAGGAUUGUUCGUGGUGCUGUGUAUUUUAUUGGUAAUGCAUUAUGGGGGCCUAAUAAAGUGCAAACUUUAACACACCCUCCAUCUGCUAUCAUACCAUCAUUUUUAAAGGCUGUUGAUAGGAAAGAUAAGAUUGUUGCCUACGAAAUUAUCUUAGCUCUAAACAAACUGCUUUUGGAACAUGGUGAUGAACUUACACAUAGAAGUUUAAUUUGGGAUGCUAUAUUAGAAGUUGUAGGAAAGAUUCUGCUUUGUCCUGAAUUUCAAAGCACAACUCCUUCGCUUUCAACUUAUACAAAAUCACUGCAUGAUUUCAUCAAUAUUGCUGAAGAAAAAUGUCCUGAGCAAUCUUAUGAAAACUUAUAUAAAAUUAUUUAUCAGUCUGCUGAUUUUCGAAAUGUCCAAUCUAUUUUAAAGCUAAUUGCUUUUAAAGAGAAGAAAUUGAAAGGAUAUAACCCUAAUUUCAUAACAGAUUUCACUGAAUUGAUUGAAAAGUUUUUCAAAAAUGAAAGUCGUUCUGCUAUACAACUUGAAACUGUAAGGUUCAUUGAACGAGUGCGACUGAAAGCUCUUUGUUACUUUGAGGAGGACAUAAUUGAUCAGAUCAUUCUACAGCAACUGGCACAUACAGUCUCUGUACCUGAUGUUACAGUGAGAAAAGAAGCUGUGCAGCUCUUAAUUAGUAUGGCUGAUACUGACAGUCCUUCAUGUUUUCAUGAAAUCUUGGAAAUAAUUGAAAAAGUAAUGAAACUUGCACUUGAUACUAUCAAUUCAAAUGGUGAUAAAGUUGAAUCUUGCUCAGAUAUUGUUGCUGCUGUUGAGGGUCUGAUACAUGUAUUUAAAAAAAAAUUGUUCGACUCCAAACCAGGCCAUUGCAUAGAAAUAUUUAAUAUACUUGUCCGCCAUCUGGAACAACAGUAUGAAAAUCCACGCUAUGAGGAGGAUCUGAUUAAAACCAGAAAAAUGAUAAUAGAAUUUUUUCUUCAAAUCCGAGCUAAUAAAAGAAGACAAAUUGGAAUUGUUUCAGAUAAUACUGUGAAAUAUUGCUUGUUUCUUUUAUGCCCUGAAGAGAAAAGAGAUUCAGAAAAAACAGGUUCCAUUGCUUCAGCUCCUUCAUCUCCUUUACCAGGUCCUAGUGUAUGUGAAUUAGAAUAUUUCAAAGCAUUUAAAACUCUGACUACUUGCUUGAAAGAGGAAAAAGAUUGGGGUAUACUAGAAAUGCUGUUUAGAGAGUUGCCUUUUUUGCUGAGGAAUAAAUGUUUAAUUUUGUGUGGAAAGCCAACACUGAAUUCUUUUUCUAGAGCUUUAUGCAAUAUAGUAUUAAAUAAAAACAGUGGACUUCCUACAGUUUUAAAAAAUGCUCCUGCAAAUCUGAAGCGAAUAGAUGUGCACUGUCAAGUAUUUUCCAGUGCUACUGCUUUAAUUUGUUACCGUUCAUACAUUGAAACCUAUGUCCAGAGAAUUUUAAAUCUUUGCCUACAAUCUGGCUUGGUAUCAAGAAGUGCUAAGAUUUGUAUGGAAGGUCUAACAUUGUGUCUUAUGGAAAUGCAAGACUGUAUGGUGAAACUUUUACCUGAUAUAUUGCUCCAACUCUCCAAGAUCUCUGCGACUAAAUUAGUUGCAGUUCCUGUCUUGGAGUUUUUGUCAAAUUUAAUUCGACUGCCUGAUCUGUAUGUAAGCUUUGUUGAGGAUCAGUACAUGAGUAUUUUUGCAAUAGCACUUCCUUAUACCAACCCAUUUAAGUUCAAUCAAUAUACAGUUGCUUUGGCCCAUCAUGUGUUGUCAAUGUGGUUUUUAAAAUGCCGCAUUCCAUUUCGAAGGGAUUUUGCGAAGUUUAUUGCCAAGGGCCUUCGCAGUAAUUUAAAUAUUCCAAAACAAAGAGAUGGUGAAAGCUCUUCUAGUGAAAAAGCAAAUCAAGCUAUUGUGGCUUUGCACACAGAAUUAAUGGAAACUGGUUUAGAUUUGAUGGCUCGUUUUACUUUUGGAAUGUGCACAAAUAUUCCACAAAGAUGCCCUAUUGCUGAAUUUUUGCUAGAAAAAGGCCAAAAAUGUAGUUGGUUGGUGGGAAACAAAAUAGUUACUAUUACAACUAGUGGAUGUGGUACAAAAUCAUUUAAAAAUGGUCUGUGUGAAUUAUGCUAUACCUCUUCUCAUGAAAUGAACAGGAAUGUAGAUAAUGAUGAAUCUGCCUUUUUGGAAUCCAGUUCAUCUGAUUUUGGAGCAGAAAAUUUUACAUCUCAGAGAAGGCGCCAUCGAUCAGCCAUUCAACGAUCUAAUACAGUUGUUUCUAAGGAAAUUCUCUCAAGUGCUAACAAGUCUAAAGAUGACCUAACUUUGCAUUAUAAAAGAGACAAACAUUUAGAAUAUGCUCGUCGUCGUCAUACUUCAUAUGAUCCAGGAGCUGGCUACUCUAAUUUAUCUCUUGAAUCAGAUGUUGAAGAGAGAGAAAAAAGUAACAAAGUUAAUCAUCUUUGUAGUUGUUGGUGUAAUAGUUGGGCAGAAAUUCAUAUUCGCAGACCAACUGGAAGCACAUCCUGGAUGAUGAGAAUUCAAAAUCAACUUCUUCUCCCUUCUGCUCCUGAAGUUCCUCUCUCUGUACUGAAUUCUUUAUUGUUACCAAAGAAGAUAGAAAAUUUUGAAGAACAAACUAUUGAAGAAUGUACAAAUUCAGAAAGUGAUCUUUUAAGUCUUGAUGAAUCUGAUAAGGAACUGUCUGUAGAAGGAGCUAUAGAAAUAGCUCCUAGUCAGAAAUCAAAUCCUCCAAUGCGGCGCACAAAUUCUAGUCCAGAUGUGAAUACAGGAUGGCUCCAGUCCUUCGAAUCAGAUAAAAAAUAUCCUGCAUCAGAAGGAUCAGUUGAAACAGAUAAUGAUGAAAUCACUUUACAAGAGUCAUGCGACAGACUUACAGAAUCCACUGCUAGAAAGCAAGCAGAUAAAAUGAGGCCACGAAAUUUAACACUCGAUUUAAGUUCCACCCGUACCGAUCAAAGUUCCUUUCUUCAGGCUGAUUUACCUACAGAAAGAGAACCCCUUGCUUCUGCACCAGUACAAAACGAGAAACGGACUUACAAAAACGAAGUUGAACAAUCGUCUGUAUCUGGUUCAUUUAGAGAUCGAGGUCACACAAUAUCUGUCAUGAGUCCUAGUCGUCCAACAGGUUCUGAAAAUUCUGCUAAUGUUCCUGAAGUUAGUCAUCGUUCUGGUAUGAGUCCUAGCUUUGUUUUCCUACAGUUAUUUCAUAAUAAUAGCUUUGGGCCUGCUACACAUAAACCACUACUUCUCCAACCAACUGAACAAAAUAAUAGGGCAUUACAUGUUUUGGACCACAUUCCACCUUAUGAUACUCAUAAAAUUGGAGUAGUUUAUAUAGGUCCUGAGCAGGCAAACAAUGAAGUGGCCAUAUUAAGCAACGAUUUUGGUUCUGCCAGGUAUGUUGAUUUUUUGCAAGGACUUGGGAAAAUUGUUUAUCUUGCUGAUGUUGAUCCCAAGAAGACAUAUCUUGGUGGACUUGAAACAAAUGGAGAAGAUGGAGAGUUGGGCUUAAUAUGGCAUGAUGAUGUAAUGCAAGUGGUCUUCCAUGUUGCAACUUUCAUGCGAAAUAAGCCAUCUGAUGAAAUGAGGAAUGAAAAAAAGAAACAUGUUGCUAAUGAUAGCGUUAUGAUUGUGUAUAAUGAAAGUGGAGAAGAUUUUGAAAUAUCCACAAUUAAGGGCCAAGUCACAAAUGCAUGGAUUGUCAUUCAGCCUGAAGAAUUUGAUUGCAAUAUUGUGACUGUAAAACACAGAAAUGAAGAUCUUAUAAACAUGUUUGGACACACAGAAUCUUAUAUGGUUUCAGAUAAAAGUUUACCUGUUUUUGCUCGUCAAAUGGCUUUGCACGCUAAUCUAGCUUCAUUGAUAAUAAAUAGAAACAAACAGUCAUCUCCAAAAUUUGCACAAGUUUCCAAUUGGCUUGAAAGACUGCGCACCAUCAAACGUCUUGAAUCCAAGGUUUUAGACGACUUGAAAAAGAAAAAUGAAAAUACCGAUAUUGAAAAUGAAGCAAAUGAUUAUGACGAUUUUACAGACUAUGUUUAGUAAUCUAAUUCAUGUUCCUGAAGAAAUUCUAUUGGUGUAACUAUUGUACAGAAAUGUGGAAAUUUUUAUUGUCUUUGUUUUUUACUGUGCUGUGCCAUUUUUAAAUAAAAAUU